AUGAGCAAAAACUCAGCCUCAGUUGAUCGUGUUUCACAGAAGGAAACAGAGACUGAAAUUAUGAGUAAAUGUGGAUCUGACUUGGAAGAGACGUGGAAUUUAAUUUACCAGAACAGUUUAAAUAAUUAUUAUGCAAUUAUGAAUAGUUUAUCAAAGUGUACAACAUUGUCUGACUCAAAUGACAGUCAAUUAUGUAUUAACUCAGAUCUUCUUACAACUGAUAAUACUGCUAUGAAAUUAACUUCAACUAUUAUUAAUAAUAAUGAUAGUACGGAUAGGUAUGUGGGAAAUUUUAAAAAUGAGUUAUAUUCUACUAACGAACAGAAUGAGCCUAUGAACUUAUGCAUUCGUGAUCAAAGCAAAUCAUACUAUACACAAUGUUCUGCUGAAGGAAACGAUAUGAUUAAUAAUGUUUACACAAGUAAUAUUAAUUUUCAUAACAUCAAUUUUGUUACUGAUAACAAAAGUAAUAUUGUCAAUAGUAGCAAUAAUUCAUUUUAUUUCGCUGAUAUUACCAAUAAAAUCAAUACAGGAUAUUUAACAAACAUGAAUUGCAUUACUAACAAUAACAUGACAUUGCCUGACUUCAAAUUACCGCCAGAAAGUUUAAACUCAGUUCUCAGAAUGAAUUGUAAUAAUAUAUACCAAACUAUAAAUUUCAAUGAUAACAAUCAUUAUAACAAUAUAAAAAGUAAUUCAAUGUAUUCAACGAUACGUACACCAUCACCAACAAUAGAAAAGUCAAAAAUUGAUGACGUAUUUCUGACAUCUACACCUGUAUGGUGUAAUCAGAUUAAAAAUGAUACAAAGAUGAUCACGUUCAGCCGGCAAGAUAUAAAAGAGCAACAGUGCGGAAAAGAAACUUCGGCUAUGAACAUCAAUAGAGUGAAAUGGAGAAAGUAUUCACGGCAUUUGAAUCGCUUAUCCAAUUCACGCAAUAAAGUUUUGUAUGCCCAGAGGAAAAUCGAUCAUAAACUGAAUAAUUGUCUUGAUGGUAACCGUACCAGUAGUGAUGAUACAAAUGAUAACGGUAGUGAAGACAAUAGGAUACGUCAGUGUGAGAAACGAUCAAAUGGUAGGAGGCGUCGAGUUGGUUGGCGUGGAACAACAAUAUGCGCAAAAUGUGGAUUGAUAUUUGAGGGAAUGAAUCAUUUAAACACUCAUUAUUCGCUUGUUCAUGGCAAUUUUCUGGCCUCAGAAUUUCAUUCGACACAAUACUCAAAUAACAAAACGUCCAAACUGCUAUUUCAAGCUCAACUUGAUCUUCUGAUGUCAGAAAAGGCAAUAAAAGAUGAGCAUAUAUCAGUAUCUACUUUAGCAAAUGAUAUAGAUAAUCCGAAUCAGAAAAAUUCAUCACCGGGCAAUGAUAAAAAAGAUCACUGUGUCAAUCCAACUUCAAAUAAUUUGAUUUCUGAACAGUUAAGUGAACAAGUAAUAACCAAAGAAAUAAUAAAUAAUCAACAAAUGAAAGGUUAUCCAUGUCCACGAUGUAAUUAUACAGCAAAAUGGCCUACAGAACUGCAAAAGCAUGUUAUGGUACAUGCUAAUUCACGACCGUUUGUCUGUUGUGUUUGUGCAACUAGUUAUAAAUGGAGUUGGGAUUUAGGUAGACAUUUCACUAAUUCCCAUCCUAAUUUACCGAAUCCAUAUAAACGUCAACGUAUUGGAAAGCAAUGUUUACAAAAACAAGAUAAUUUACUAUUGAAUGAAUAG